AUGGCUUCGGUUUUCAUUGCUUGGUUUCUAACUUCAGAUGCAUCGGCGAAGAAUCAUAUUAGGGUGAUAUUGCCAAUUGUGGUGUGUUGGUUUAUCUGGUUGGCUAGGAACCGGGAGCGUUUUCAAGGAGGGCGUUGGGAGGUCAACGGGAUAAUUCGAGAUGUGGAUAAUUUUAUAGACCAGUUGGGGAAGGCUAAUAGGCUUCGUCGGUCCCAGUUCAGGGGUGAUGCAGAUUGUGAGUGGCUGCGGUUGGUCAGAGGUCAUCCUAGGCGAAGGUCCCCAUGUGCGAUUGCCUGGAAUAAGCCGCCCUGUGGAAAGUUAAAAUUGAAUUCGGACGCCAGUGUGAUUCAAGGGAAGGCCACGGGUGGGGGGCUGCUGCGUGACUAUCAGGGGAAGUUGAUUUUUGCAUUUUAUAAGGAGUUUGGGGAUCAGGGGGUGUUAGAGGCAGAGUGUAUGGCGCUCCUGGUUGGGUUGCAGUUGUGUCAUCAACGAGGGAUGGUUCCUUCGUUGGUUGAGGUAGACUCCAAGGCGUUGGUUCAGUUGGUUGUCUCAGGGGCGGUUGCGAAGUGGCCAUUAUGUAAUAAUUUAAGGAAGGUUAGAUGUCUUCUGGAGGGUUUUUCUGCUGCCAUCUACCAUGUUUUCCGGGAGGCCAAUGUACCCGCAGAUAGGCUUGCAGCGGUUGGGUUAAUGGGUUCCCAGGUGUUUGAUCAGGGUCACCAUCUGCCGGCGAUUGUUCGGUCUGCCAUCUUAUUGGAUUCAUGGGGAGUGCCAGAGGUGCGGUGGUUCAGUGAGGAUGUUUAG